ACAUCAAAUGCAGACGGAGCAAACUGGAUUCAUCCAAGAAAUCUAGCUUUCUGGACUUCUUUGGAUUCUCAAAGAGACCUUCUCACCAGGGAUUCCUGCACAUCAUCACCAGAUUUGUUCUGCGGAACCAGAGGAAAACAAAGUCCUCAAAAAAACCAAAAAGGAUUUCCUCUUUUAUCUGGAAAGGGGUUUAAACAAACUGUGAUUUCUGCUUUCCUUGUAUAAAGAGUUGAAACAAGUCCUUUACUUUGUAAGGGUCAAGAUUCAUUUCCAUAGAAGAUGACGAUCAACAUGACAAACAUCAUUUCUGGAAUAAAGGCUGCUAAAUUGGAAAAUCUGACAUCCAAGUUUACUGAACACAAUGUCACUGAUGCCAUGGACUUACAUGUCAGCAAUUCUGAUUCUACAUAUCCGGGAAAACUCAUCUAUUCUUUCAUCCUUUUCCUCUGCAUUCCGGGGAUUAUUGGAAAUGGAAUUGUCAUCGGCCAUUUGUGUUUCCGGAUGAAGAGGAAUUAUUUCGAUCUCUAUAUCCUCAAUUUAGCUUUGGCUGACAGCGGGCUUCUCAUAUUAAUAUUUCUGUCCAGAAUUCUGGACAUAAAUAAUUGGUAUUAUACUGAACUAAUAAGAGAAUGUUUAAUAUGCACUUACUGCGCUGGUCGAUAUUUUCUGAUUAUCAUCUGCAUGGACCGGUGUUUGGUUCUCUUCUCCCCUAUUCGGUACCAAAGCCAUCAGCUCCCCUGCCUGUCCACCAUCCUCUGCACCAUUACAUGGAUAGUCUCUUUCCUCAUCUCAGCAAUUCAUUACACUAUGAGUUUUUUUAUAUGGCCCCCCAUAAUCUUUAACAUUAUAAUAUGUACCUCAGUUUGCUUCCCGCUCAUGGUGGUCUCCUCUCUGGCCCUCUUCAUCAAAGGCUCUCUUAAACCACAAAUGCAGAGGCGAGAACAGCUUCUCCUAACCAUCUUGCUUGCCCUGUUCUUCUUCCUCAUCCUUUCUAUUCCAACAAGUGCCAUUUAUCUCUUCGACGUUCUUUUCAUAUGGAAUUAUUUCAAUUUAAUUGCAUACAUCUAUUUAUUUGUUUGUCUCAACAGCAGUGUAAACCCACUGAUCUGUUUCCUCUUGGGGAGAGAGAAGGAACAUACAUCUAUGCACAACUUAAAAAUUUGCAAAGAGGAAGAAAAGAAUGACAAGCAACCAGAGGUUCAGGUGGAUAUAUGAUUAUGAGGUUCUCACAAGAGUGAAAAGCUUCCAUAUUUCUAUGGUUUCCUGAAAAGUCUCGAGGUUCCAUUCAGACCAACCUACUCUGGCAAAUCCAGCAUUACCAGAAAUUUAACACCAAUGAAAUUAGGAAAUUAGUCUGAUAUCUUCUCAACUUUAACAGUGGUUUCUAAAACAUUCCAAAUAGAUUCUUUUGAGAUGACUUGGUAAAAUAACACAUAGGUUAAAGGAGCUAAACUUUUUUUUUUUUUUGAAUCUUUGUUCUUAGCUAUGAGCAGUUUAAUGAACAGUUUACCGUAUCUUCAGAUUUCUGCAUUUGGUCUGUUCAUUUGCAAGCACAAGUCAAAUGUUCCAAACCCUAUUUAAAAUGCUUUGAUGUACCCUGCCUAUUUUAUCCCCACAGCUACUCAGCAAAGUUCAUUUACCAGUGAGAAUUCAUCUGGAAAUCUAAUUUUGUGUUAGCAUCCAUGCAAAUGUGGCAACCAUCUAAUAUAUAUACUCUUCGUUAAUAUCCCAUGCAUGCUUAAAUAUAUUGCAAUUUCAAUUUUAAUGAUACUGCUUUUAAUUUUACUUUAAUGACAUUUGUAAUCAUGUAAUCCUAUGGUUUACACUUUCUUUUUUAUAUGUUGUUAUCCACUCUGAAUGUUGAAUAAACAGAAAGGAAGGAUCAAAAUUUAGCAAAUAAAUUAAUCU